CAGGUGUUACCAAGCCAUCCCUUUCCCACUGAGGCUUGCUUUGCCCCUGAAAUUGAACAGAGUCAUGGAGGAGAGAGAAGGGCCCAGCCCACAGGCCAUGCCAGUGAGUUGGGUCCUCACCAGAGAAAGAGGACCAUCUUCAGCGCUGGGCAGCUGCUGGAGCUGGAGCGGGUGUUUGCCGCAUGGCCCUACCCAGACAUCGGGACUCAAGAGUACCUGGCCUGGGUCAUGCUGCCUGAAGCCAAGAUACAGGUGUGGUUUCAGAAUGGCAGGGCCAAGAGAAUCAGGAAGCCAGGAGGCCUCCAUCCCAGGCCUGAGUGUUCCCAGAACUGCUGUCCUCUUCCAGAUGUCCCCCAGCAGCCCUGGGAACCCCAAAUGGUGGGCCAGCCUCUACCUGUCACCAGCAGAGCUCUUCAUGCCUCAGCGUGUCUGCAGGCUUCCUGUAAAGCUCCCAGCUGGGCUCUAGGGGAGGACUGGACAGGGGCUACAGUCUAAGCCCCAUGGGGACCAGCUGGGGUUCCAGGAGUCCACCCUUCUUUGGAGCGAGCUACUCCAGGCAACCUGUCUGACCUUAUUUAUGCCUCGGCCAUUGUCAUCAAUGUGGAUCACUCUUAACCUGGAGGCAGAAUUUGUAAGAUCCCUCCUCUCUGGCUCUUAUACCCUGCCCCCUCUAUUUACAGAAAGUUUUCUAAUACAAAGAGAAUUUAGGGCUUGGGAUGUAGCUCAGCUGGCAUGCCUUCCUGGCAGGUGCAAGGUCCUGAAUUCAAUUCCCCAUACCAAAAAAGAACAAAAUGAAGAGAAGUUAGCCCCCUCCCGCUGGUCUCCAGGCAGGUCACCUGCAAUGACUGGGGCUUGGCUCUUACUACCCUGCACCCUGACCUUUCCUGGGGUAGAUGCUCAGUGUCUUGGUAGGAGGCCACAUUACCCCCAUCUACUGCCACACCUGGUUCCCGAUUCUCAUCCCAGGUGAACUCCUCCCUCUAAAAAGGGGCAGCCACUGCUUGAUGAGGGCCAUUUAGGCCACUACCCAACUGCUAAGUGAGGAGGAGAGUGCUGCUCCAAAUCUGAAUUGCUGGGGACCCACCCUUUUAUGGCUCAGGGGCCCCUCUCCUGACCUCCUGCCACCUGGACAAAUUAAUCACUAUGGGUCUGAAAGGGGAGUGACAUGAAAGCAAUAAAGCAGAAAUAGGAGCCAGGGCUUAGGCUGAUUUCACGAAGAUUACAUUGGCUGUUCUCUGAUGUAGUCCUGUGGGGACCUGACAGAUUUGGGGUGCCGGGGGUACAGCAACAAUGGGUUUUGGUAUCAUCUAUAAUACAAACUAAUCUCCAAAUAAAACCCAACUCUGUACCUUCA